GCGCAGCGCGCGGGCCACCGCUGGCCGCCGCGCCGCCGCCGCCGCGCCUUGGGGACCGCAGGAGGCGCAGCCCGGAGGCCGGAGACUUCGGUUUGGGACCAGCCCCCCGGGAUGCGGUAGCGGCCGCUGUGCGGAGGCCGCCGAGCAGCUGCAGCCGCCGCCGCGCAGAUCCACGCUGGCUCCGUGCGCCAUGGUCACCCACAGCAAGUUUCCCGCCGCCGGGAUGAGCCGCCCCCUGGACACCAGCCUGCGCCUCAAGACCUUCAGCUCCAAGAGCGAGUACCAGCUAGUAGUGAACGCAGUGCGCAAGCUGCAGGAGAGCGGCUUCUACUGGAGCGCCGUGACGGGCGGCGAGGCGAACCUGCUGCUCAGCGCCGAGCCCGCCGGCACCUUCCUCAUCCGCGACAGCUCGGACCAGCGCCACUUCUUCACGCUCAGCGUCAAGACCCAGUCCGGGACCAAGAACCUGCGCAUCCAGUGCGAGGGGGGCAGCUUCUCUCUGCAGAGCGACCCCCGGAGCACGCAGCCCGUGCCCCGCUUCGACUGCGUGCUCAAGCUGGUGCAUCACUACAUGCCGCCCUCCGGCGCCCCCUCCUUCUCCUCGCCCCCAGCUGAACCCUCCUCCUCGCCCUCCUCCGAGGUGCCCGAGCAGCCGCCGGCCCAGCCGCUGCCGGGGAGCUCCCCCAGGAGAGCCUAUUACAUAUACUCGGGGGGCGAGAAGAUCCCUCUGGUGUUGAGCCGGCCCCUCUCCUCCAACGUGGCCACUCUCCAACAUCUCUGUCGGAAGACCGUCAACGGCCACCUGGACUCCUAUGAGAAAGUCACCCAGCUGCCUGGGCCUAUUCGGGAGUUCCUGGACCAGUACGAUGCCCCGCUUUAGAGAGCGAAGGGCAGGGGUCGGGCGAGGGGCCCGGGUCCCCUCUCCUCCGUGGCACACGGCACAAGCACAAGAAUCCAGCCUUGAGAGUCUGCAGCUCUGGGUGAGCUAGGGGGCGGACAGGCCCCUCCCUCCGUUCCUCCCCCCGCAGCACAGGGCGGGUGGUACCUGGAAUGUGUUUGAGCGGAGGGGGAGAGCCACCUGGGCGCCCCUCCCCGACUCCAGCUUCUCGGGAGGAGCCAGCUGGCGCAGGGGGACCACAGCAAGGACGGCAGUGGAUUCUCUCUCCUCUCCCGCUUCCUCCACCCCGCUGCGCUUCCAAACGGGGGACACUGCAGGCCUGUUGAGCUGGUGAGAACUGCCGGGGAAUCUUCGAACUUUCCAACGGAACUUGUUUGCUCUUUGAUUUGGUUUAAAGCAGCUUUGGUUUAAAACCUGAGCAUGUCGUGGGCCUGGAAAAGGGUGGACAAGAGAGAGGGCGCCUCAGGGGCCUGGGGCUGCAGGCUGGCCAAGGAAGUGGUCACUCCCACCGCCCAGCCCAGGUGAGGGUGGCUGCCUGCUCCACCCCUGGCUCUGGGGAGAAGGGCAAGGGGUGACCCGAAGGGGACCCUUCUGCUCCCCCCUGCCUCCCCCUUCGGACAGCCUCCAGAAACACAGGUCCUAGAGUCCAUCUAGUGCUGGAGAGCCCAGGGCCCUUCCCCCGUUUUAAGGGGGAAGUGGCAUUUGGAGGGGGGUGGAUGGCCUGGUCAAUUGUUCUUUCUCCACCCAUGCUAGCCCUUCCAGCACCUGAGGGGUGGGGCUGGAGGAGAUGGAGGAGAUGAGCCACCUUUGACCCCAGAUCCCGGACAGAGAAGAUGGGGGGUUCUCCUCCUGACUACAUCUGGCUAGGAGAUUUGCCUUAAAUGCUCCCUGUCCCAUGGAUAGGGACAGGCACACAAGAAGCCACAUACUCAGCCAAUCCAAACAGAGGCCAAGGGAUUCUCGGAGGGGCGCCCACCGGCCACACACCAUUUGGCGGGGGAGGUCAGAGAUGGAUGGGGGCGCAGAGAUGCACGCCUUCCAGCUGAGCACAGGAAGAAUGCCAGCCCAGUUGUACUGGCCGCCCAUUGGUGCCUGGGCUCUGGCCAGAGCAGAGUCACCAGGCCCCACUGCCCCCCAGACCCUGCACAGCCCUCCCUCCACACCUUGGGGGACUGGCACAGGCAGGAAGUCAUCAAGAGGCCCUGCCACCCAGCUGCUCCCGCUCUGCAAUAGCACUGAUCAGUGAAAACUUACAGGAAUGUAGCGGUGAUGUAAUUACCUGGAACUGUUCUUUUUGGGGGAAAACUAAACACACAAAGUUUUCUGUGUCAGGUAUUGGGCUGGAUGGGGCAGCUGUGUGUUGGGGUGGUUUUUUGUUUCUGUUUUUGUUUUUUUCCUGUUAUUUUGUUUGGGUUUUGUUUUUGUCUUUUUUUUAAUAAUGUUUACAAUCUGCCUCAAUCACUCUGUCUUUUUAUAAAGAUUCCACCUCCAGUCCUCUCCCCUCCCCCAACCCAGGCCUUCGAGGCUGACAGGAGAUGCUUGAAGAACUCAACAGAAUACAAAUCUAAGUCAAACUUUGCACAUAUUUAUAUUUAUAUUCAAAAAAGAAACAUUUCAGUAAUUUAUAAUA